AUGUCGGGAGGGGGGCCGCCCGGACCUCCUCCUGUUCCGCCCUUGGAGAAAUUACCGGGGCCGCCGAACAGCAAGAAGCUGAAAGGCAGGGCACGAAUCAAGAGCAUGGUGAAAUCAAGCACGUGGGAUUGGAAAGGGUCCAGCUUAGACCCAGAGUUUCGCCGGCCUCGGAUAAGUUUGAAGAGGAAGAGAGAGGAGAGCGAGAGUUCAGACAGCAGUGCCAAAACGGCCAGUCAGGAAGGGUCGGACCAGGAAGAUCUGUUUCCAGAGAAGGCCCAAUCGAGGCACAUCGCAAGGAAGUGUCCAGGUCUGCUGGCGCGUUAUGCCAUCAAAGAGGCGCGAAAAAGACUCCUCAUGGAGAUGGGGGAGGACUCUUCAAGCCAGAAACCGGUGCCGGUUUUCGUCCGGUAUUUUCGACAGGUGUUCAACCAUUCGGGGGCUUCCGCCCCUAUGAAACGAGAGUACUUGACCCUCGCUCACUGUCUGGAUUCUAUAUUAGAGGGGAAUGUUUUGAAAUUGCUAGACAUCGCAGUUCAACGGUUGAAGGCUGUAGAGCAGAUCAGCCAGGGUGUAUCCCCCGCAACUGCAAAUCGCCUCGAGCUCAUUCCAGCAGAGAUGUUUUCUCUAGCCUCCGCGGAAGAAAAACGCACAGAAGCGCAGGAGCAGAUGCGGGAGAUGAAGACGUCAUGGAAUCUCAACUCCUGGAACCCCAGCUCCUGGAACCCCAAAGGGAAAGGUUGGGGGAAGCCGCAGGUGGAGGAUUCGGGAGCCAAGGGCGACAAAAACAGCAAAGGGGGCAAGGCAAAGGACCAGAAGGGCAAACCGGGGGGCAAAUGGAGGCCACCCAAAGGAGUGCCAGCCCUUUCGAGCGAAGUAGUGGUAGAGGAGCCUGUGGCUCCCAGUAGAGAUAUCGCAGCAUGCCCAAACCCUCCUGCCAUUCGGGAGGAAUCAGCACAGCUUUUGUCCUCAGAUGUCCAAGGGCUUGUGACGCAGUUAGGGCCCCUCUUGCGACGGUGGAUCCUCCUGAAGAGCAGUGCUGCUGCGGGAGUAGGAUUACUUGACUCAAGCAAGCAUCAUUCCACGGCAGAGGUCUUUCCCCUGCCCAUGUUCAACGGGGAUCUGUCCCCUGAUGAGCAUGCUUGGCUGGAGGAAGUUCACAGUGCUCUUGCUUUCACUUGGGCCAAUGUUGAGCACAGCUUGCCACAGCGAGAGCUUGCUGGAGCUCUUGACGGAGUGAGCGUUGCGUCCGGGGGCAUCAAGGAUUUUCUUGCAAACCCAUGGGAGUAUUUGAAGCCGGAACCUGCACGAACUUGGAUGACAACUCCAAGAGUAAUGGUCUCUGCUGAAGAGUGGCCGCGGGUUGCGGCAGGGCUAGUUGAACGUCGGAUUUGUGAUGUCAUUCCAUUGAGCCAAGUCCUCCAUGUGCAGGGGAAGCCUGUGCUGGGCGGCCUUUUCGGAGUGCCAAAGAUGGAGGAGGUCGACGGUGUGCCGGUCUUGAGAUUGAUCAUGGAUUUAAGGCCGAUUAACCAACUUUUUGAAGCAAUAGCAGGUGACCUCCACACACUUCCGAUGUUAAGCCAACUUUUCCCACUAGAAAUCUUUCCAGACGAUAACAUCCUAGUAUCCUCUGAGGAUAUCAAGGUGAUGUUUUACAUUGUUGGUUUAGGAGAGUCCUGGAGACCCCUCCUAGCCUUCGGGAAGGAGGUCCCAGAUCACAUGCGGCCUGCUGGGGUGUCGGAGCCCUGCGUACUUUCUAGCCCCGUACUGCCGAUGGGAUUCAUAAACUCGGUUUCUGUAGCCCAAACUCUGCAUAGAAACAUCGUCAACUUUGCAAUUGACCGGUUGAAGAUCAGCCGAGAAGCAGAAGUCAGACGGGAUCAACCUUUGCCCAAUUCUGCCCUGGCAUAUCGAGUGUAUCUUGAUAAUUUUGAUUUGCUCGAGAGGAAAAAUCGAGAGGCGGCUUGUCUCUUGAGCGGGGAGCUCAGCGCUCCAGCGGCAGAGCUCCGUAGGGUUUAUGAAGAUUUUGACAUCCCAGUAAAUGAAAAGAAAUCUGUGAAGACUCAGCUUGUAGGAGAGAUGCAAGGAGGUCUGAUCGAUGGAAAAAAGGGAAUUGUUAGACCCAAGCCUGAUAAAGUUGCCAGGUAUUUGAGAGGGGCUUGGUAUCUUCUGCAAAGCAAAAGAACGGAUUUGAAGCGAAUCCAAAUGGUAGCUGGAGGCCUCGUGUAUCUUUUCAGCUACAAGAGGUGCUUGAUGAGCUGCCUGAAUGAUGUUUGGGGGUUCAUCUCAAGCUUCGAAGGUCGGCUGGGAGUAUGGAAGCCAAUACCUGACUCAGUUCGGGAAGAAUUAUUUUGCUGUGCCGCCCUUGCUCCUCCAGCUUUCAUGAACCUGAGGGCCCCAUAUGACUCCACAGUCACCGCCAGCGAUGCAUCUGAAAGUGGCGGGGGGCUCUCUUUUAGUUCUGGAUUAACUCCGUUCGGGAAUGAGGCAGCUGAGAAAUCAGUCAGAGGGUGCACGAGUGCAGGCACUGAUGAUGACCAAGUCCUUCUGAUCUCACUUUUUGAUGGCGUUGGGACAUGUCGAGUGGCCCUUGACGUCCUGCGUGCCAAGGUGGCUGGAUAUGUUGCUAUCGAAACAGAUGCAGCGGCAAGGCGGGUGGUGGAGAGCGCGUUUGCUUCCACUGAGUUUGUCCAUUCCUUGGAAUAA